UAAGCUAUUACUGUAUGGGUUUAGCUGCUACAGUGCCAUGCAAAGUAUGUUAGCUGUCCUUCUACUCAUAUCAUCUUCACAUAAACUGGAACUCAUAUAGACAUUUACACACAUUGUUUUCCUGCUCAGCAUCAGAGGAUAUUACUGUUUCAACCCUGUAAAAUAUCCAUUUUUCCUCACACUGACUGUGUGAGCUAGCAUUUGGCAGAAUUGAGAGCUGUCAGCCAAUAAGACACAAGUAUUUCCACAUCCUCUGUCUGCAGUUCUCUUUAUAAAUGUAAGUAAAUGACUUGUCUCUCACAUCGCAACAACCAAAGCUUCAUCCACAACCUCUUUCAUUUCACUCUUCCUCUUUUCAGGUGAAGAACAACACGUAAAGACACUAGUAAUUGUAAAUAUUUUGAUCAUCCAUUUUUACACCAGUCUGUCAGUAAAAAAAUGUUUUUUGUUGGUUUCUGUUUGGGGAAGUGUGAACAUGACAGUCCUAAAUGGACAAUGUUCAUCUGGGUGUGUGGAGCUUUCAGUCCUUCAAAGUCUCUCUCAAACUGUUCAAGACUAUCCUCUGAGCCAUGGAUAAUUAUAGUUCCAUUGUGAUACAGAUUAAUAUUUAAUUUUGGUGUAGUGUCCAGGUACAGUUAUUUUAUGGAUUUGCUUCCACCCAUUUUUAGGUCUUUAAUUGUUGAGCAGAUCUUGCUCAGUGCCAGACAUUUGGUGUUCUGUAAAGAAGAGUAGGUCUGCUUUUAUUAUUAUUAUUUUUUUCCUCAUUUGUGUGCAUGAAGUCUACUCUGAGAGUUUCUGGAAAUUCUCUGAUUAGUUUGGUUUUGAAAUGUUUUCUUGCAGUUUCGCUCGUCACAUUGUCAGGGUAGCCUAUGUAAUGGUUAGGCUGCUGAGGUUCCAUUACUCUUCUGGAGAACGAUUAUCCAUUGUCAGUUGAUUGCUUUGUUCGCUCGCUCUCGCUCUCUCUCUCUCUCUCUCGUGUACGUCCAUGGGAAUUGAUUUAUGACCAUUUUUAACAACACCUACGUUAUCACGGUGAUUUUUAGUAAUACUUUAGUAGGCUAUUUUAAAACCUAUAAAUGUAAAUCAGAGCCCCUUUGGGAAAUCAGGAUAAUUGCACAGAGGGCUGUGAAUCCUUUACAGAUCCCAAGCCGCAUACUAGCAUAGUAUAUAGUAGCCUAAUGUAGCCAGUAGUGCCAUAGACUGCUAUUUUGACAUAACCCAGCCUACUAUUUAGUAGCCUAGGCUACGUAGCAGGCUAUGUGAUUUGGGACGUAGCCAAGAUUGGAUGUAGACACUGGAUUAGGCUCCGUCCCUACUCUUACACACGUCAGCAUAAUUUCCCUCAGCGGUGUGGGGAAUGAGAUUCGAGCUUUUGUGUCUUGUCUCUCGUUAUGCGUCUCACAUCAGAUGAGUCCCAGUGAUCGUGUGGCUUCUGUAACACUCCGCUGUGAGAAAGGCGCGUGCCGUUCUCAGAUUCCUGCGCUACUAUAAGCAUCCUAUGGUCUUCUGCACAAGAUGGCGGAGCCGAGCACAGAAAAAGACGCGAUAACAACCGAGGAUGAUCAUCUUAACAAUUCAUUAGGAGAUGCUGGCUUGAUCUCCCCUGACAAAGAGGAUAUCUCACGAAUCCUGACAGUGCCAUUCAGAGGCAGGAUCAGAGGAGGGAUGAGGCCUGGUAAGAAAAUUAUAGUCAUGGGCAUCGUGGAUACAGAGCCAGACAGCUUUGACAUCAGUCUAACCUGUAACUGCAACACAGAGAAGGAUGAGGAGGAGGUUACAGAUGUGGCCCUGAAACUUAGUGCCCGAUUUGCUGAACGGCAGUUCUUGCGGAAUGCAAGGGUUUCUGGGAAGUGGAGUGAAGAAGAGGCAACCAUUCCAUACUUCCCCUUCAUCCAGGACCAGCCAUUCAGGAUUGAGAUCCAUUGUGAACACCAGCGCUUUAGGAUCUUUGUUGAUGGACAUCAGCUGUUUGACUUUUAUCACAAAGUGAAGUCUUUGCUGACCAUUGAUAUGAUCAGGAUAGAUGGAAGUCUGCAGAUCACCAAACUAGGUUAAUCCAGCACACCGGAGCAUGUUACAGAGAGGACUUGACAGGUGACCAAACCUACCAUUGUCUGGUUUUAUCUUUGAAGGCCUGAGAGGUUCUGCUCCAUCAAACACAAAAUGACUACCUACAUUCCUUCACUCUGUUCCUUUCUUAUUUUCUCCCAUUUUCAAGCUGCACAUCUUUAUAGUUUGAGAUGUACCAUGUGAAUCUUUGCAGUGUCAGCUAUGUCUCUCUUUAGGUGUCUAUUGGAAAAAUUUUUUUUUAAAUACUCUGGAUAUAACUGAAGUCAGAAGUUUACAUACAUCUUAGCCACAUACACUUAAACUCAGUUUUCCACAAUUCCUGACAUUUAACCAUAGAAAACAUUCCUUGUAUUAGGUCAGUUAGGACCACUACUUUAUUUUAAGAAUGUGAAAUGUCAGAAUAAUAGUAGAGAGAAUGGUUUAUUUCAGCUUUUAUUUUAUUUUUUAUCACAUUCCCAGUGGGGUCAGAAGUUUACGUACACUUUGUUAGAAUUUCAUUUUUAGCAUUGCCUUUAAAUUGUUUAAUUUGGGUCAGAUUUUUUGAGUAGCCUUCCACAAGCUUCUCACAAUAAGUUGCUGGAAUUUUGUCUCAUUCCUACAAACUGAGUCAGGCUUGUAGGAUUCCUUGCAGGCCCACGCUUUUUCAUUUUGCCCACAAAUUAUUUAUCAGAUUGAGGUCAGGACUUUGUGGUGGCCACUUCAAUAUCUUGACUUUGUUGUCCUUAAGUCAUUUUGCCACAACUUUGGAGGUAUGCUUGGGGUCAUUGUCCAUUUGGAAGACCCAUUUGUUACUUAGCUUUAACUUCCUGGCUGAUGUCUUGAGAUGUAUUGAGAGAAUUUUACUUCCUUAUAAUGCUAUCUAUUUUCUGAAGUUCACCAGUCCCUCCUUCAGCAAAACACCCCCACAACAUGAUGCUGCCAUCCCCAUGCUUCAUGGUUGGGAUGGUGAUCAUCAGCUUGCAAGCCUCACCCUUUUCCCUCCAAACAUAACAGUGGUCAUUAUGACCAAGCAGUUCAAGUUUUGAUUCAUUAGACCAGAGGAUAUUUUUCAAAAAGUAAGAUCUUUGUCCCCAAACUGUAGUCUGGCUUUUUUUAUGGUGGUUUUGGAGCAGUGACUUCUUCCUUGCUGAGCCGCCUUUUAGGUUAUGUCGAUAUAGGACUAAUUUUACUGUGUAUAUAGAUACUGCUAUAUAGUCUAGCUGUUUCCUCCAGCAAUUCACAAGGUCCUUUGCUGUUGUUCUGGGAUUGAUUUUCCACCAAACUACGUUUAUCUCUAGGAGAUAGAAUGUGUCUCUUCCUGAGCGGUAUGGUUGCUGUGUGGUCCCAUGGUGUUUAUACUUGUGUACUAUUGUUUGUACAGAUGAACAUGGUACCUUCAGGCAUUAGGAAAUUGCUCCCAAGGAUAAACUAGACUUGUGGAAGUGCACAAUUUUUACUCUGAGGUCUUGGCUGAUUUCUUUUGAUUUUCCUAUGAUGUCAAGCAAAGAGGCACUUUUCUUGAAGGUAGGCCUUAAAAUAUAUCCACAGGUACACCUCCAAUUGACUCCAUCAUUUUCUGGAAUUUUCCAAGCUGUUUAAAGGCACAGUUAACUUAGUGCAGAUAAACUUCUGACCCACUGAAAUUGUGACGUAGUCAAUUAAAAGUGAAACAAUCUGUCUGUAAACAAUUGUUUAAAAAAAUAAUUGUCUCAUGCACAAAGUAGAUGACUUGGCAAAACUAUAGUUUCCUGAUGUGAAGUCUGUGGCAUGGUUAAAAAAUGAGUUUUAAUAACUUCAACCUAAGUGUAUGUAAAUUUCUGACUUGAACUUUAUACACACACACACAUGCAGGGGUAAACGUGAACAGAGUUAAUGCAAAUUACAACAGCCAAAGGCCAAAUAUGCUUUCAUGUAUUACCUGUCUCAGUGAUUACAGAUUUAAUAACAGAGAACAAUGAUUAUAGAAGCAUUUAUGAUUGACAAUAUGAACAACUGCUGUUUAUUGCAACCAUUCUUUUUUCUGGGAUCAAUAUCUUGCACUGGCUUAAUGUAGAAUGUAGUACUUUGUGGAGUAGUUAGGUGUUUUAUUACUAUCAUUGGAAAUGAUAGCAGAGUAACAAUUCCACUCUAAUUGGUCCCCCCCCAUGUGUUGUACAUUUUAUCUUGAAAAAAUUCACCUGAUGUUUACAUCCUCUCUUAUUUGAUCUUAGGGACAAUAAUAAUAAUGAUGAUUGUAUUUAAAUAAAUUCUUCUUGGAAUGUAACAUGAUCCAUGCUGACAACUUGGCUAAUAGGGAGGAAGAUAAAAAUGAAGCAGGCUCAGUUAUCAAUUUUCUUGACUAACAUGAGUACCUAAAUCCUCGUGUCAUUCCUUACAAAGCUACUGCCUUGAUUUUAUGGCUAAGGGAUGGCCUUCUCUUGUGUGUCCUAUAUUUGUCAUAUAUUCAAGAUGUCUGGGAUUUCCUGCCUCUCCCUAGACCUUUUAUUACAUUGAUUUUCCCCCAGAUGGAAGGGCAUAUGCUCACACAACUGUUUCCUUAUUACCUUGUACCUGCUUACAUAUAGUUGGAACAUGAAGCUUAUGGUGAUUAUUAUUAGCACCAUAUAAUGGAUGCAUUUGUAAGUCAUUAAUUACAACUCAUAACCCCGAGCACUCUCUUAGUCUCAUGUCUUGCUAUGCAGAAGUGCAAAAGGACAGUAUUUGUGUCUCUUUCCAGGUCUUUGCGAGUAUAAAGGUUGAUGACUUAAUUAUACUUUCUGUACUGGUAUUUUACUCAAGUCUUUCAUUAAGCAUUUUAACUAGGCUCUGUUAUGUCUUUUAUUUAAGUGGCCAGAAGAAUGUGAAAUACCCACAUAACUAGAGUAAAAGAUGUAAUAAUUAAGCUCAUUAAGCGCUGAUGAACCUUUCUUCACAUUCUUGAAAACCACUAACACUCUGAACUAAAUGAAUUUCAACAGCAGCGAACAGAAAAAGCACCAGACUCUGAGAUCUCACAAACCAGAGAACAUGAUACAGCCAUUAUCCAACUGCAUUCACAUUGAUUGUAUCCACUUGAAAUAUUGUAUUUUUAGUUUUAUUCGCAGGUUUUACCCUGCAGGUGCUUAAAACUCUACAUAUUAAAUCAAAGAUGCUGUUUUAAAAAGUAAUGUAGCAUUUAAUUGUUGCUCUGAUUUUAUUUUAGACACCUUAAAGAGAAAAUUUUGCAGAGCUACCAGUCAUUUAGCAAUAUGAGAACAUUGUUCAGGCCACACUUUAGACUUUAUUUUUAAUAGCCAUUAAAAUAUCGCUCUUCCAGAAGCAGAUUCUGAUAUGAAACUGCAGCACUGAAGAUCGACAUGUUGUCUCUUUCAUUUGGAAACUUCCUCUCUGACUGUAGUAAUGGUUUGUUGUUCCACAUUGUUUUCCGGACUGUCUUUAGAGAUGUCUAUGUAACCAGACCCAAGUACUCUUCCUCUGAAAGUAUGGAUGAAUUUUAGAUGCUGACAUGCUUGGUGUCUUAUAGAAGGCAUUUAUAUGUAGUUAAAUUAUAGAAGUAAAUUUGAUUGCAUUAUUUAUUUGAUUGAGUCUAAUGCAGGGGAUUCCAUUAUCGAUUAAAUAUCUCAAAUGUAUGUGGAACAACUGAUGGUCAGGAAAGGCUUUAUUUAUUAUUAUUAUUAUUUUUUUUAAACAAUCAAGAUUUCUAAAGCUAACAGUAUGCUCCUAAAAUGUAUUGUGGCUGUAAUUGUUGUUUAUGUUGAGUUUCCAUCUGGUGCUGUUUAUUUUUUUUUUUGCUUGAACAACUCUUUAGAGCAAAGGGGAGGGAGCAAGCUGACCUGAGAACCCAGAUUAACAAGCAUUUACUCUACAGUCACUGCAACUGGCCCUCUUUCCCCCAUUCAUCAAAAAUUUGAAUCUAAUACUAAAAGUCAGGCUCCUCAUGAUCCUGAUUAAUCUCUAGGGUGUACAGAUGGAUGUACUCUGUGCUUCAAGCUAUACUGUUUUUCAACUGUAAUAUAAAAACCUCUUUGACCAGAUUGAAAUGGAUUUGAAUUGGAUGGCACUGUCGCAGGCUGUUCACUAUUAUGUUUACAACUUUGGAUGUAUAUUAUCUUGAUCAGGGUUUAUUUUCUAUGUAAUGUCACUAAAAGAGUGAUUAUGUGUGAGAUAUUUAAUCCAACUGUUCCUAGCUUAAGCCAUUAUACUUUAAUUUCAUAGGUUUAACAUUACAUAGCAUGAUAUGUAUGUUUUUGAUUUUUGAUUUUUAUUUAUCUGCGAAUUUGUGUGGCAUUUCAUUACUGUGAUGGAGUCUAAAGUAUCCGUUGUUUGAUUUGGGGAUUAUUUCACAUGUAUUUACACAGUGGCCUAUUACAUGGAGAUAGCUUGUGGGGUCAGUCGUGUUAUUUGUGGUUGUAUAAUCAAUUGAAAGGGUUAAUCAAAUUUCAGAAGUGUAUACAUUGGCUCUUUUCUGUUUCUGUAGUUGCAUUUUUAUUUAAAGAUGUGCCUGUGGAAUAAUGGCUUUGGCAUUUGGAAUCCAACAUUUUAUUCACUGAUUGAAUAUCUUUAGCACUUUCCAAACUGAGCUUAGAAUGUGUGAGAGAUUACUCUAAACUUCUGUAAUGUAAAAGCAUUUUUAUAAUAUAUGAGUGGCUAUUGUUAGAAUAUCAAAUAAAACCACACCAAACACCUGACUAAGCAAUACAUAUUUGCCCUUUCCUGAUAUUUACUACAAAAUAAACAUUUCAAUGACUGAAA